AUGCUGGGACUAAUCUUAGCCGCCUUCCUUUUAUGUUUUUUGGCUUGGAUUAUUUUUGCUAGGUACCUUCAUCCAUUAGCCAAAUACCCAGGGCCAUUCUUCGCCUCUAUUACGACUCUCUGGCUCAUCAUCGAUGUGGCUCGUGGGAGUUCUGAGAAGACACAACGACGUCUGCAUAAGUGUUAUGGACCGAUUGUUCGAAUUGCCCCAAAUGAGGUCGCUAUAGCAGACCCCGAAGCUAUCCGAACUAUAUAUUCAUCUUAUUCCGGGUUUACUAAAACUGACUUUUACCUUCCCUUCCGAGCGACCUGGGGCAGAUACCCAGAUGCUUUUACUGAUCUGGAUGAGCGCCAGCAUGCUGAGAGACGCAGAAUUGUCAAUUCACUCUACUCAAUGUCAAAGAUUCUGAAGCUAGAGAAGAAGGUCGACAAAUGCGUGCAACUCCUCGUUGCCAAGUUUACAGAUUGCGCUAUAAAAGGCUCCAUGGUCGAUUUAUCGGAAUGGGUACAAUGGUAUGCGUUCGACGUAAUUGGUGAAUUAUUCUUUAGUCGCAUGUUUGGCUUCUUACACGGCGGGCACGACUACGGUAGUUACAUCAAUGCUUUGGAUUGUCUCAUUCCCUUCAUUGCCGUGACUUGCGUUUCGCCCGCCUACUUGCGUCCGCUAAUAUUCGUCGGUGGCGCCGCGAUACCCCGAACUCUCAAAGCACUGAAGGCUCUACAGCAUAUUGAAGCUGCAUCCAAAGCAUGUGUUAUGGAGCGACAAAACCUCAUUGCGAACGGCGAAGCUAAAGAUUGUAAAGACAUGUUGCAGAGUUUUUUUGAUAUCGUACUUGAGAAAGGGCAACAAAAAGAUUUUGGUAUUACCGAGGUGAAAAUGGAGGCGUACGGGGCUUUUAUUGCAGGCUCCGAUACAACUGCUACAGCUAUCACAGCUAUUCUUUAUCAUCUUAUGCGCACACCUUCUGCCUACGCGAAACUCACUGCCGAGAUCGAUCAAGCUGAUCAAGCUGGUCUGCUGAGUUUAGAUGUUCAAUACCACGAGGCAGUAAGACUUCCAUACCUCAUAGCUUGCUGCAAAGAGGGGAUGAGGCUUCAUCCGAGUGUGAGCAUGACGCUACCUCGUCGCGUGCCUCGGGGCGGCUGCAUCAUUGCUGGAGAAUGGCUUCCUGAGGGGUCGCACGUUGGUGUUAACGCUGCGGUUGUACAGCGAGAUCGAGGUAUCUUUGGUCAUGAUGCGGAUGAUUUCGUGCCUGAGCGGUGGUUCAGGGCUGAUGCAGCCAAGAUGGAGCGUUAUAUGUUCCAAUUUGGCGGGGGCGCCAGAACGUGCAUUGGAAAGAAUAUCUCGCUUUGCGAAAUGUAUAAAGUGAUUCCACAGCUUCUUCGCUCUUUUGAACUUCAACUUUCAGAUCCAAGAAGCGAGUGGGAAACGCGGAACUAUUGGUUCAACAAGCCGAGAAAGGUGUACAUAGCGAUUCAAUGUAGAAAGAAAGCGUCGUUAAAGACUUCAUAG